UGCCAGAAAUCCGGCUCUCUUGCAGGGGUUCCAAUCUCUGGGUGUCUUGGCGACCAGUCGGCUGCCCUGGUUGGUCAGAUGUGCUUCAGGGAAGGCCAGUCCAAAAACACGUAUGGGACCGGCUGCUUCAUGCUCAGAAAUACAGGGACCAAGCCUCUGAUGUCGGACCACGGCCUGCUGACCACAGUUGCCUACAAACUGGGAAAAGACGAGCCUGCCUGCUAUGCCCUCGAGGGUUCUGUAGCCAUCGCCGGGGCAGUGGUGUGCUGGCUGAAGGACAACCUGGGCAUCUUGCAGUCUUCCUCAGAGAUCGAGAAGCUAGCAGCUGCAGCCGGGACGUCUCACGGCUGUUACUUUGUGCCCGCCUUCUCCGGACUCUACGCCCCCUACUGGGAGCCCAGUGCACGAGGGAUCAUCUGUGGGCUCACUCAGUUCACCAACAGGAACCACUUGGCUUUUGCUGCCCUCGAGGCCGUCUGCUUUCAGACCAGAGAGAUCCUGGAUGCGAUGAACCAGGACAGCGGCGUCCCUCUGAACGAGCUGCAGGUGGACGGAGGCAUGACCUCCAACAGACUCCUGAUGCAGCUGCAGGCAGACAUCCUCUGCAUCCCCGUAGUGCGACCCACCAUGUCAGAGACCACCGCUCUGGGGGCAGCCAUGGCAGCUGGGGCAGCAGAGGGGGUGAGGGUGUGGAGCCUGAGCCCGAGUCAUCUGCCACACGCCACAUCUGAGAAAUAUGAACCUCAGAUCAACCCUGAUGAGAGCGAGUUCCGCUACGCUCGCUGGAAGAAAGCCGUCCAGAGGUCCAUGAACUGGGAGACCAACGAGCCCUGCUGCAAUACCAACGUGACAACAGGUGUAGGGAAGAAGAUGAACGGCACACCCUGGGGGGUGCCUCCCCCCCCUCCCCACAUCAGAGCGGACCCCUAAGAUCCCCAGCUGUAACUGUGGAUCAUGGAGCAGUACAAUGGCAGCACCUCUGGAAGAGUGAUGUGCUCCCAGUGGAUAAAAGACUUGAAGGCUGCAUGAUGUAGCUAGCAGUAGGACCCCACAUCUGACUGAAGGAUGAAGAGCCAGCCGCAUUAAAGACUGACACAACCUGGGGAGCACUAUGGAACCGUUUUUGGAUUUAUGGAAUUUCUUUUGUCUUUCUUUUCUGAAAAGAAAGUGUUCUUAAAGCAUCCUUUUUUUAAUCUAUGAAUUUGCCUUCAACUUGUUGAGCAUAGCAAACUCAGGUGUUGGUAGCAAACAAGCACACUAGUGUACCUCAUCACUGUGACACUGUUGUUAAUUGUUGUGUACACUGUUUUAAUGUCUUUGUGCCUCUUUCUUAACUUUGGGAUGCACAAGAUUAGUGGGACUAAUGCUUGAAAAAGGUUACUGCUCAGCAUCUCUACUGUUAGUGGGGUUUAUUUUUUUGAAGAACUUAAAAUUUGUGAGAUAUCUUCUGAGUUAAGGAUAUCAGGCAUAAUUAGUUUCCUGGAUUUUUACCAUGAUUUUCUUUCUAGAUUGAGGGGAAACAUGCUACAUGUUAGCACACACUAUGCAUUAACUGACAUCUAGCUGCAGGCAAUCUCACAACAGCACUUUAUAAUUUAUCCUGUGUAUAAUGAGGAUUGUGAGCCAUGCAGGAUUUAAACAGGUUUAUUAACCUGAUUGUUUUAAGA